CAGUUCAGAUACACACACACACACACUAACCGAUCAACUCCGCCAACCGGAGUCAUCUUUCUAUCAAGUCGCAUAGCCUAAACAGAAUCUGAAGAGGUAGAAUGAAUUGUUCCGAACCAAAAGGAGACAGAAUAACGAGGAAGCUCCCGUUCAAUUACAUCAAAGAGAUUAGGCUAGUCUGAUAACCUGCAGGUAGGCUGCUACGUGUGAUUGGUGGUAGGGCUACUGUAGGAGACCUUUUGCAUUGGCGGCGCAGCGGGUUGUAUGGAUUGGUUGAGCGAUGCAAGGUAGAAUUGGGCGACACUCCGGAAGAAACUCUGUGAUUUCAUUCCGACUUUAGUCGCCACGAGACGGGACCAUAUUUCCUCACUGAGUCAGCACAAGGAGGUGAAAAACGGUGUCUAAUCUAAUCACUUCGGUCCUCCCUGGCGGCGACAUGGCGAGGGAGAACGGAGAGUCGGGCGGGAAUGGAUCUUGGAAGAAGAAUGUCGAUGAUAUCAAGCUUGUAUUCGAGUUCAAAGAAGUCCUUGGAACUGGUGCGUUCUCUGAGGUGAUCAUGGCCAGGGAGAAGGCCACAGGGAAGAUGGUUGCAGUGAAGUGCAUCCCCAAGAAAGCGCUGAAGGGGAAAGAGACCAGCAUUGAGAAUGAAAUCACCGUGCUUAGGAAGAUAAAACAUGAGAACAUUGUGGCUUUGGAGGACAUCUAUGAGAGCUCCAACCACCUAUACCUCAUCAUGCAGUUGGUGUCUGGUGGUGAGUUGUUUGACCGCAUCGUAGAGAAGGGUUUCUACACCGAGAUGGACGCCAGCAGGCUCAUUAAACAGGUGCUUGACGCUGUCAACUACCUCCAUGCUAUGGGCAUCGUACACAGAGACCUCAAGCCAGAGAACCUGCUUUACUACAACCCCCAUGAUGAGGCCAAGAUCAUGAUCAGUGACUUUGGUCUGUCUAAGAUGGAGGGGACAGGAGACGUGAUGGCCACUGCCUGUGGGACGCCAGGAUAUGUGGCCCCAGAGGUUCUGGCCCAGAAGCCCUACAGCAAAGCAGUGGACUGCUGGUCGAUCGGAGUCAUCGCUUACAUUCUGUUGUGUGGUUACCCUCCAUUCUAUGACGAGAAUGACUCAAAGUUGUUUGAGCAGAUACUCAAGGCAGACUAUGAGUUUGAUGCACCCUAUUGGGAUGAUAUAUCGGAUUCAGCCAAAGAGUUCAUCAGCUCUCUGAUGGAGAAGGAUCCAGAGAAGAGAUUCACCUGUGACCAGGCUCUAGCCCACCCCUGGAUUGCUGGGGACACGGCUCUCUGCAAGAACAUCCAUGAAUCAGUCAGUCGGCAGAUGAGGAAGAAUUUUGCCAAAAGCAAAUGGAGGCAAGCGUUUAACGCCACGGCAGUGAUCCGUCAUAUGAGGCGCUUGCAGCUGGGCAGUAGUCUGAACAGUAGCUUUGGCAGCAGUAUGAGCUUUGACCAACAGGGACCGAACUCUAUGCUGGCCAAGAGCAUGUCUGUAGACUGUGCCACCCUCUCACGCAAAGACGGUCCUCCACAACCUCUGCCCAGUCUGCCUCUCUCCACUGCAGCCUGCAGUGCCCCUGCCAGCAUCAGAGGGGAACCGCAGGCAGAACUACAGGUUGUGGCUACAGCUGCAGCGGUGGAGCCACCCCGGCCACGCCCAUCCACAGUCUCCACCAUCCACAUGGGGACUAAAUGACGUCAGGUUCCGCGGGAGGUCAGUUGGGAGACCACAGAGCUUUGAGUUGGGAUUCUAAUUCAGCCCCUCAGAAUUCCAGAAUUUCUCUCCUAGUCUGCCCAUCCCGCUCAUUAUCAGCUGUUGGGAUUGAGGACUUGAGGACCCCUUCUAUUUACCAUGAUUCAGCACUUACUGCGUUCUCAGGGCAGCACUCUGUCUGUACCCAACCACAGUAAGUGUAUUCAGAGAUGUGAAAUCAAAUGAAGAGUGCUCACAGGAUUUCCUAUUCUAUCAAACAGACAAUCAUAUCUGUUCUACAUGAUACAUUCCUAUUUGAACAUUCUACUUCCUAACGGACCACAGGUCUGAUGGUGAAGAGAUGAGGAGGACCACUGUCUCUCUCUCUGUCUACUGACCAGAGGGUUUAAUUUUUCUUCGGGCUAGUGGCGCCAGUUUCCCAGUGUUUGAAUUGGGUUGGUGCACUCGGUACAGAGUAAUUGCAACACAAAAUGUUCACUCUAAAAUAUGAACACGGACAUUAAAAUAUUGUACUGUAAAAUGAAAAUGAGCCUGGCUCCUGAAAUGAAUACCGGCUACUUUGUCAUUCCGCUUCAAGCACUGCCGUGUUGUAAGACUGUCCUCCAGAAGACAAGAAGACCUGUUUUGUAUGGGACAUUGGUGGUGUUAUGAGGCCACACUAUGCUAGGUUGAAGAUGGAGAAGGUUAAGACGACGUAAUAAUUUCGUGCAGAUGCGUUCGAAUAUAAACAAAUUCAUUGGACCAGCGCUGGAGCGAAAAUGACUGGGAGUGAACGUUAGCAGUACGGAACGUUUGCAGUCAAAGUGGAAAAUAAACACAAUCGUUGGGAAUUUCUGUUACCUACUCAGCCAACAAAUAACCUAACUGUUUUACUGUCAUUCUAUUCGUUUAAACGUUUUUCAAAUGAGCUACAGACACUUUACUACUUGAUUUCCCAACCGCUGGUCACGUUUUCAUCUCCUGUAAAAUCAGCAACAGCGCUGGUCCAAUGAAUGUGUUUAUUUUCUAAAUGCCGCCGCAUGGAAUUAUUCCGUUUUCUUAUCCUCUGUUUUUUUUUGGGGGGGGGGGACCUAAACACUAUGGGAACUCACCAUGUUUUUAUUAGUCUGUUAUCUAGACUGCUGUAACUCUGAGACUGUGAGUGUCAGGGGCAUAACGCCCUCUAUGCCUUGUGUUCAAAAUUGCACCCUGAAACUGUGGGGAACCCGUUGUGUGGAGUUCGUUUUAUGAAACUGAAACAGCAUUCAAGGCUAAAAUAGUGGUGACUUAUUAUCCUCAUUUCUAGUUUGAAUUUUUAGCUGCAGUAAAUCGCUGGUUCAUUAUUCCCAACUGUAGGGCAUAGCGGUUAUAUAUAUAUAUAUAUAUAUAUAUAUAUAUAUAUAUAUAUAUAUAUAUAUAUAUAUAUAUAUAUAUAUAUAUAUUUGCUUUAUGUUUUCUGGAUAUAAAAUGACAGAGAAACACAUCUAUGUUCAGAAUCAUGCACACACCUGUGAAUGAAGUGCUUCAGUAGUGUGAGACAACUGGCAAGAACAGGUUUGAUGGUUGUGACGAUGGUUGUGAUGAUGGUUGUGAUGAUGGUUGUGACGAUGGUUGUGAUGAUGGUUGUGAUGAUGGUUGUGAUGAUGGUUGUGAUGAUGGUUGUGAUGAUGGUUGUGACGAUGGUUGUGAUGAUGGUUGUGAUGAUGGUUGUGACGAUGGUUGUGACGAUGGUUGUGAUGAUGGUUGUGACGAUGGUUGUGACGAUGGUUGUGACGAUGGUUGUGAUGAUGGUUGUGAUGAUGGUUGUGACGAUGGUUGUGACGAUGGUUGUGAUGAUGGUUGUGACGAUGGUUGUGACGAUGGUUGUGACGAUGGUUGUGACGAUGGUUGUGACGAUGGUUGUGACGAUGGUUGUGACGAUAAUGAGGGACGGGACAGUUAUGCAUUCAUUGUACUCCUUUCCCGAUUUGAAAGGUAUUGAAUUGUUUAUUUUCUUAUUCUGACUCUUGUAAGAACUUUACUUGCAAAGAAAAAUGUGUAAAUGUGCGACUAGACUUUUACGUUGUAAUGUAUAAACGGUCAAGUAUGUCGUCGGUAAUAGGGUUCAAAUGUAUAGUUGUUACUUCUGAAUAAUUGUGAUGUAACUGUGAUGCCAUCCUUAGCAUAAGGAUGCAGUGUGUAACAUAGCUUUGUGGCCUGUUCUCAGGGAGAUAUUUGACAAUUUGAUGAAAUGAAACCCCAGUUAUGAUGCUGAGGUUGAUGAUGAUGAUGAUGAUGAUGCAUGUAUUGACUAAAGCAGGCUUUGCAUAUUCUUACGUGCCAUCAGGACAGUUCAGCUCAUAAUUAAAUUUUUCAGUGGGGAUGAACCUUACAUGGAAUGGACAGUUUGAUAUAUCCCAUUUUUGGGAUGAGACUGAAAUGAUGCGUAUUAUAACAAUGACCACUGCAAUAGAGUUAAAUUUAAACACAUAUGACAAACUAAGAAAUUUAGAUUGAAGUAAUUUGAUAAUCAGUGCGUGCCAUUCCAGAAUAAUUUUGUAGAAGCCUGAUUAGUAUAGCCAACUUUAGUUAGCUGUGCUGCUUUGCUUCCCCCCAGGCGCUGGCUGUUCCCAGAAGUGCUCACACACUGUUUGGUCAGUGUACUUUCAUACCCGUCCUUUGAAUUUAGCAGCCAGUUGCUGUCUCUCUCACUGUCCUCACUCUCUGUCUUCGCUCCUCUCUCCCAAAUCGAAUGAUCUUCACGCUGCAAGGAGGAGGGAAAUCCGUCUAGCAAGCUUUUUACCUGUGAUACCACUGCUUAGUAUUUCACUGUUCAACAUGGAUGGAACCAGGCUUGAUGUCAAUUUCAUUUCAAUUCAGGAGUUUCAGUUUACUUUCUGAAUUGACUUUAUUUAAAUGGUAUUGACCCCAACCCUGGAUGCAACUUAAAAGCUUGAAAUUAGUCAGUUUCGAUGUUGAGCACAAUGUCACUUUGGAUUGUAGGUCUCAAUGUGCAAUGUUGAUGUAAAGGACUUGAAAAACUACUUCUCAGGGGCAGUAAACUAUGAGUAUAGAUAUAUGUUCAUAAAGAUGUAGAUCCUCUUGUCCUUUUUAGAUAUAAAUCUCAGUAACCAUAUUUGCUUGGAUUGUAGUGUUUAUUGAUUUUCUACGUUACAAAUACUGUAUGUUCUCGUCAAAAACAGCAUGAUACAAAGCACGAAAUAUAAAGCAUGUAUGAAAAGCACUUUGUUUGAGAUAUACUGUAUAUAGGUUGUGACAAAUUGGACUACAAAAUGACUAACUGUUAAAUAAAAUCAAAUAAAACGUUAGAAUAUA